GUGCUCUUUCUGAGGAUACCGCACGGAUACUUUUGGAUCUGUAAAUGUUUGGAGAUUAUCUGGGAAUUUGGCUUUUCUCCGAAGCGCUGGUCUGGAUGGGCCACAUUUAAGCUUCCCGCAAAGGAACUGAGUCUAAAAUGAAGUUAUGGGACAUUCUAGCCACGUGUUUGUUGCUCAUGAGUGCCGUUUCUGCACGUCCGAUCUUCCACAAACCGCAGCCUUCCAAAAGAGCCGUCAUCACAGAAUGGCACAGUAAGACUCCCGCUCUGGACCCCAUCAUCGGCUCCCAACCUGAAAACACUCACCUAAAUCAAGCCUCCAGUGAGGAACAAAAUGACAUAAACGGCCUUUACCCGGAGCAGUUUGAGAACGUAAUGGACUUCAUCGAAGCAACUAUUGGCCGAUUGAGGCGGUCGCCGGAGUUGGAUGUUGGCUCUCAAGCGAAGAGGGACAAAGGACGACAGAAAGGAGCAACAAACGGCGAGAGGGGCGAACGGGGACGAGGAGACAGAAAGAGAGGUCGUGCACGUGGUGGUGGCCGAGGGGGAAAGGAAAGUCGAGAUGACAGGGUCAAAGGUCAAGGGCGUGGUUGCCUGCUUAAAGAGAUCCACCUCAACGUGACGGACCUGGGGUUGGGUUACAGGACCAAAGAGGAACUGAUAUUCCGCUACUGCAGUGGUCCCUGUUACGAUGCUGAAACGAACUAUGACAAAAUCCUGAACAACCUGACCAACAACAAGAAGCUUGACAAAGACACGCCCUCUCGGACUUGCUGUCGGCCGAUCGCUUUCGACGACGACAUUUCGUUCUUGGACGACAGUUUGGAGUAUCACACGCUAAAGAAACAUUCCGCGAAAAAGUGUGCCUGCGUUUGA